AUGUCUGCGGUGCCGAGCCCCACGGUCAACGGCUCGUCUGCCCAGCAUCAGCCAUUGCGCUCUGCCCUCAAAAAUGAAGAUGACGUUGAUCGCCCAUGUCCUUCGAGCGGCUCUCUUAAAGCUGUCCAGAUCGCCGAACCCGAAUCCGAAAUUCAAACUCUCGAGGAUGACUCCCAGCCUACCAAGCAAUUCCCUACCAACCUCAGACGACGCCUGAGUGGUAAACCUCUGCCCUCUCCUCUUCCCACAACUCCUCUAGGUCUUCCUUCAGCGACAGUCCUUCUGGCAGCCGGCCUGAAGAGACACCUCCUACUUCGAACCCCUCUUCGAGCCACCACCAUGGCCAUGGCCACCGCGGUCAAUAUUAUAGUGAGAAACUACUCGCCCAGGUCGGAGAUUGGUUAG